AUGAGGGCUUCAAGCGAUACAGCUGUCGCUAUAUCCGAGUUAAACAAGUCAUUGCAGAAGAGCAGGGAGCUGCUACAACAAUCUGAAGAAAGGGAGCGUGAGAGGUUUGAGCGGGCGCAGUCAAUGCCAUUCAGAGCUGGGUUUGAUUAUAUGAACAUUCCAGAAAAUUACAACGAAGAUGUCAAAUCUAAUAAAUCUGAUUUCACAAAUCCAACCGAGUACGACAAGAGGAAAGAUCCAGCUUACGAUAUAUACUCAAAGAUGUAUAUAUCUAAACGAUACAUACCUGAAAGUGUACUUAAAGAUCAAAUUAGUGACACUCCUACUCUUCGAUUACCUGAACUUUUUGCCAAAUUACCUCAAUAUAUCCAACAGCUUCGGGAUAUGAAUUUUAUAGUAGUGGGAGUGGUGACUCGUAAGAAUAUAGGGUAUACGAAUAAUGGUAGGUCCAAGUAUAUCAAAAUGCAAAUCUCAAAUUUUCAUACAGAUAUCAUGUUAUUAUUAUACGACGAGGCUCAGCAAAAACAUUUUAAAGUUCAUACUGGAUCUCUCAUUGCAAUUAUGAAUCCGGAGAUAUUAGACGCCAAUUACCAAAGAUACGAUAAGAAGAAAGGUUCUUAUAGUUAUUUUAUGCUUAAAGUCGCUAGCCACACUAGUAUAAUUGAGUAUGCAAGGGCCAGAGAUGUUGGUACAUGCCUCGGAAAUGGGAAGACACCAUGUAAGCAAUUGGUUAAUUUGAGGGAAUCCAGGUACUGCCCGACCCACCAAGAGCAGAAGAUUGAUAGAAAUGCAUCUAAUAGGAACGAGAUGGGAUCAAACUAUAGAACUUUUGCUCCUGUUGAUGAAAAGGGUAAUAAGCAAGUCAUGGUUGUUACAGAAAGGCAGAUCCAAGCUUAUGAUUUAGCCCAGUCACAUUCAGUAAAGGCAAGCGGAUUAGCGAUUGAAAAGGCACCCAAAAAUGUGCCUUUGGCUCCUGGAAAAUUUGCCAAUAAGAUGGUUGUCACUGACUUCUCAAAUCCUAUCACAAUUGAAAACAUGAAAACCAAAGAGGAAAAAAACAGGCAUCAUUUUACCUCUUUUUCUGCCAGUAAUGCUUUUCUGAAUGACGCUGUCAAUAAAAACGCAUUGAGGAAACAAGAGGAACAGCACGAAAUCGAUCAGAAGUUACUGAAGAAAAAAAUGGAUAUCGAUGUGUCUCUCAAACGCAAGCACCAAAAAUCACUAGAAGCAUUGGAAAUGAAGAAGAGAUUGAAGGUACAGUCCUUAGAAAGAAUGAGAACCUUAUCACAGGCUACAAAGACGGAGAAAUCGUUAAGGAAAGAUAAAAAACUAGUGGAGAAGCUAAAGAAGGAAAGACAUGAGAUACAAAAACAUGUUGAUCUUGUUAAGGUGAAGAAAACGGAUGUAGAUGUAGCAAACACAACAAACCGAAUUGUUAUUAAUACUACUGCUCACGAGGUAACCUUGAGCAGUGACGAGGAUAGCGAUCUAGAAAUUGACAUGUAG